AUGAUCAAGAAAACAGCACGUUUUCACUCACUUGAGGACGUGAUAUCCCAACGUCAAGACAAAAAGACAAUCGACACAGUCAAAAUCGGUCUCAAGUUCCGGCGAAGUUGGGUCGGAUCGCCCGAGUACACGGAGUGGAAAGAAGAGGCCGGAACUCCCGUAGAGUACAGGACUGAAGAUUUCAAGGUAUGGGACGACACCAAUGCGCAGGUCGUGAUGCUAUUCCAUCACUUCAACCGAGCCAAGAAACCCUCGGGAGCCAGAUUCUCCAUAGAUCUGGCGCAAAAAAGCGGCGAUUCGAACGAAUAUUUCAUCUACGAGGAGCACGUGCUUCCGGUUCUCGCCAAGGCCACGAUGCAUGCCCUCUUGGCUUGGAACUAUUGGACGCACGAUCUGCAGGAAGCAUCACUGAUUCGGAGAGACGAAUAA